AUAUAAAAAUGUAACAAUUGUAAAUCGAACUGGUUGUUAGAGUUAAAAAAAUAGCUCAAAUAAUAUGAAUAUUGUUCGUAAUUUUUUGUCCAACCGCCUUGUCGUCGGUUAUGGGCGCAAUACUUUGGGGAAUAAAAUAGUUAGUAGAGGUAGUCAUGUUGUAUCAUACCGAAAUGCUCCACCAGAGCAUUCAAAAGCGACGAAAAUCGGAGCGGUAGUUGUUGGCGGAGCAAUGUGGUGGUGGGUCAUUUGGCACUUGUGGCAUGAACCUGAUCACAUAACGGGAGAAUUUGACUACCCUACGUCAUCAAAGUGGACUAAUUCGGAAUUGGGUAUUCCAAAAGAUGAUGCCUAAUGAAUUUGUUACGAUCCAAAAACUCGUAUUAAAAGUUACGCUUUAAUAAGCUCUGUGAAAUUUA